AUGCGACGGCCCGUCUUUGCCUCGUCGUCAUCGUCACCGACCACGACGACGAGCAAGCUCCAGCUCGCGCUCCUCGCCCUCGGCGCCGCCACCUCGCUCGUCUCGGCCACGCCCUGCCCCAAGGACCGCCGCGAUGCCCUCGCCCCGCGCGCCGACUGCGGCACCCCCUGCGGCGCCGAGAAGCAGCUCUGUUGCGGCGCCGGCCAGGCCUGCACGACGCUGCCGGGAGACGUGGCCACGUGCGUCGCUGCCCACGGCGGCGGCACCUACGGCCUCUACACCACCACCUGGACCGAGACGCGCACCUACACCAGCACCAUCAUGACGUACUGGAUGCCCGCCCCCGAGCCCACGGCCGGUGUCGACUGCGUGCCCCCGAGCGCCGAGCAGCAGGCCUGCGGGCCCAUCUGCUGCGCCGGCUGGCAGACGUGCGCCUUCCAGGGCCAGUGCUCGGUCAAGCCGGGCUUCGUCGAGCCCUCGACCGUUCUCGUCACCUCGGACGGCAAGGUCACCACGCGUUACUCGGCCCCCUUCCGCGUCACCGGCACCACCACCAUCACCUCGAGCGGCGUCGGCACCGGCCAGCCCGCCGACUCGGCCGCCCAGGCCACCCGCACCAGUGACGCCGGCCAGGCCAUCGGCGCAGACGGCGGCACCGCCGGCGGCGGGCUCAGCGCCGGCGCCAUUGCCGGCAUCGUCAUCGGCACCCUCGUCGGCGUCGCCCUGCUGCUGCUGCUGUGCUUCUGCUGCAUCGCCCGCGGCCUCUGGGGCGCCGUCUUUGGCGGCAAGAAGAAGCAUGAGCGCGAGGAGCGCCUCGAGAUCCACGAGCGCUACUCCCACCGCGCCAGCCGCGCGCCCUCGGCCUACUCGCGCAAGGACCGCCACUCGGGCUGGUUCGGCGGCCGCCGUCCCGCCCCUGCCGCCGAUCGCCGCGAGAAGAAGAAGUCGAGCGGCGGCUUGUGGUUGGCCAUUGCCGCCGGCGCCACAACCCUCCUCACGCUUCUCAACCUCAAGAAGGACAAGCGCGUGCCUCCUCGCAAGGUCCCCCCCUCGUCUCGCUACACCUACUCGGACUACACCUACUCGGACGCCACCACGAGUCCCAGUAGCUCCAGCUCCGGUCGUCGCACCACCUACACGCGCCGGACGGGCGACAGCCGCGGCCCACGGUCUCAGUACUCUCGGUCCUCGAGACGGCCCUAG